AUGUUCGACAUCAUACGCUCCCCGAGCCUAGAUGAGAAUGAAGAAGAUGACGGCUCGCAAUAUCUGCACAAUACCGGUGAGGGUAUGAUAUUUGAUGAAGACGAACGAAUAGAUGAAGUCCACAACAAUGAUGACGAAGGAUAUAUUCUUCAAUUAACAAAGACUGGCGAGCCCUCCAGAUCGAGAAAAUCUUCUACAAGCAGCAGGGCAGUUCGUGGCCCGGCCAAAAAGUUACAGGCUGGCGUAAAGUACAACGUCGAUGCCAUCAAACGUAAUGGCGAACCGCUCGAACCUAAGAAGAAUGCGAACAAGUUCAUUCGUCAAUGCGGAGUUAUUGUCAGGGACCAAAUCCCGAUCUCUGUUCAAGAAUGUAAAAAGGCAGCAAAGGGAGAUCCAGAUGUUACUUUUGUCUCUAUAAGAGCAAAAGAUCUGCUUUGGGAAUCUCUCAUGUCACCUUUCACCCUACCAGAUCGUUUGACAGAUGCAGAUCUGGAGAAAGUCAAGAAGAGUGCUCUUAAGAAGAUGGCGAUAACAUUCAACAACUACAAGAAAAAUAUAUGGGCCGCAUACGUCAAAGCAGGAAAGCAGACUCCAGAAUUCAAAGGAACACUGGAGAAGGGCGGCGGCAGGGGAUACUACCCCGGCAGCCACAAGGACGCCAACUGCGCCUAUGAGAUCUGCCCCGCGAGCAUCAACGCCACGCGGGGCCUCCUCCCGCCCGAGGCCGCCUGCGUGCACUGCUACUUCGCCGCUGCCGCCAGGGACUGGAGGUCCGGGAUGCGCUCGCUCUUCCUCGCCCGCAAUGGCAGCGCUACGCCCGGGUCCGCUGUCACCGAGUCGUGGACACCGCCGCUGCGCUCCACCACCAAGACAAGGAGGCCCUGGCGGGAGUCCGCGGCCGCCAGGGCCCGGAGGUCCUCGUCGCUGGACUGGGCGCUCUACGUGCUGACGGUUCUUGGGUUCUUACGUAUCAUGCUCCUACUAUGGGUGGACACGGGGCUCAUCCCGGAGGUCGUGGCCCGGGGGUUCGGCCCCAAGCUGUCUUCGGACGCCGUCGCGCGGUUGGGCCAAGAGGCGUGCCUUGCGCCUGCAGGUCUAGGCCACAAACUGCGCUCCUUGGAGCGAGGGGUCGGGCAGCUCAUCGGCGCCGACAGGAUCUCCAACUGCAGCUCGAAGGAUUCCGUCUGGCGACUCCAGCAGAAUGAUCAGCAUUUGUUCCAUUGGCGCUGCUCACUCUACAAGUCGGCUGCAGAGGAGGUCAGCAUCUGGGGGAGCCCUCUCCGGAGCUCAGGCCUGCUCCCGUCUACGCUCUUGACACGGCACAUCACCAUCCUCUCCGGCAAGCUCACCGAGUGGUCGGAUGGGAGCGUAUUGCCGAUGGUGAGUGCGAGCAAUGGGAGCUCCUGGAGCUACCGGGGCUGGAGUGCAGCAGCAGUGCUGCUAGAACCAGAGGUGUGGGUGCUGGAGUACCAGAGGAGCGUGCUGUUCGAGGGCACACGGCUGCUGCCGGCCACGGUGGAGCUGCUGGCGUCCAGGUGCUCGGAAAUGGCGAAACGGAGCGUUUACAUGAGGGAGUGCCUCCUUCCAGUUCACGGCCAAGAACACGUACACAUCUACGAGAUGCACAGCCAGAUCGUUGACAUGAGGGAAUGCCUCCUUCCAGUAGUCACCGAGGGAUUGAGCCACCAGCAGAGCAGUGGCGGCAAGCGUCACAAGAAAUAGAUGAUGAUUAGCUGAUCAUUUAACCUAGUUCAUGAUGCACGUAAUAGUUUACUUUAGUGUGUGCAAAUAUCAUGUAUGUACUAGCCACCUAUGUAAUUGGAUGUCUAA